AUGGCACGUUUCAAACUGAAAACAGGUGUUCUCGAUAAUCCAAAAAGUGGAGUACCAUAUACGUGCGCGAAGUUCUCCCCACAAGGUGACGUUGUUGCUUUGUGUGACGACACAGAUGUGCUUCUUUACAACAUAGAGUCUGGAAAAGUAUCGAUCGUUUCAACAACACAUGGGGAACCUAUGUCGGACCUGUGCUGGUCACCAGACUCUAAAUGCAUAGCUACAGCGUCAGAUGAUUUCACCAUUUCAAUUAUGCAUAUUGAAUACGGAGAACUGCAUCAUCUCGUAGGUCAUACAGCUCCCGUCACAGCACUGGCAUAUACGUCCAAAGGCAAUCUUCUGUGCUCUGCAUCAAUGGAUGAGAGCAUAAAAGUAUGGGAUGUUCUGACUGGGACUCUGUUAAGAACCAUGUCUGCCCACUCAGAGCCCGUUGUUUCCAUCGAUAUUCCUCAUUGUGAUCCUAGUAUCAUUAGCUCGGGCUCUUAUGAUGGACUUAUCAGAAUAUUCGACACCGCAACGGGCCACUGCCUGAAAACAUUGACUUAUGAUAAAGAUUGGCAAAGUGAGAACGGUGUAGUGCCUAUUUCUCAGGUAAAGUUUUCGUUUAACGGAAGAUAUUUGCUUGUGAAGUCGCUGGAUGGUGUACUUAAACUCUGGGAUUUCGUGCAAGGUCGAGUGAUAAGAACCUUCAAGCUAGGGGACUCGAAUCAACUGCGAUACUCCUGUGGUAUGGACAUUUUUUAUCCACCAGACGAAUCAACUGCACCACUUGUAGUGAGCGGGACCGAACAAGGCGAUAUAUACGUCUGGAAUUGCCAAAAUAAGCAACUGCUACAGCAUAUUCAAGAUAAGCACCGUGCAAGUCCCGUGAUGAGCAUAAGCUGUCGGAACUCCUAUAUGUGUUCGCUUUCUUUGAAUGGUGAAUGUUACAUAUGGGAGUGGACAAAUGAAUGA